UGACAGUUGCCUAGUUUCACAAUCACUGCUAGUUAAUCAUAAAAAGUAGCAGCUCACGCCUUGUUGCUGGCAGUCACCAUAGCAGCAGUCACAAGCUUUCUUUUCCUGUGAAACUUAACUGGACUCAGGGGAGGAAACAAAAUAAUACCUAAAACCAGAGCAAAGAUUUCUAAUCACAAGCUCACAAUCACUAAGAACUAGGCAGAACAAAGAGCCGGUAUGUUGCACUUUUGUGUCCAUUUCACAGGCAAAUACAAUAUUAGCUUGCAAUAUUAACAUCCACUGAAAACACGGGACAGUGUAAAUGUCUUACAGAGUGUGUAACGGUUAUGUGAGUUUGCCCUCACGGUAUGGCACAGGUGGGAGCUCCCAACAUCAUGUUGACAGUGGCAGGAUAUCUCCUUGUUGGUCUUACAAAGAUCUUGGAAGCAGCAGACAUGGUUUGGAGUUAUCAAAAUCCCCUGUCUUAUCUGACCUGGAGAAAAAUAUUGAGACUGCAGUGAAUUUAGAAUCUAGUUUUCUAUCUGGGCAAUGGAAAGAUUACAGCAGGAGUUCAGUAAGUCCACGUCACUCAGAAAGAGCAAAGUCUACAAGUCCAAUAAGGGGGAUCCACUCUUUAGAAUAUUCCAGAAUCCAGUCCAGUCCUCCCAUUUCAAGGAGAAAUUCACUGUCCCGUCUACCUACAUCAUCUUCUGAGGAUUUCAGUCUGGAGCUGCCAUUGAGCCGAAGAGGGUGGAGUGGGUCUGAGAUGGAUCUAAGGGCAUCACUGACUGAAAGUGCCCAAAAGCGAGCAGAUUUGGUCCAGAGACUGAGAGAUACUCAGGUGAAGCUGGAAGGGCAAUCAGAGGAGCUGCAGCAGCGAGAUAAGGAGCUGGAGUUCAGCAGAGCCAAAAUUGAACUACUGGCAGUAAAACAAAAACAACUGGAAACAUCCAUAUCUCAGCUAGAAAAGGAAAAGGGAUGGUUAGAGGUAUCUCGCUAUGAGGACAAGAGGCAACGUGGUGAACUGCAAGACCGGAUUAUUAAUCUAGAAAUGGAAGUAAUGAAGACCAAAUCUAACCUGGAAAAUCUCAACUACACCAACAUAUUCAAGGACCAGAAGACUCCAAUGGAAAAUGAUGAACUAAACCGAGAGCUGAGAACUGUACGUGAGAAUCUCCUCUACCUUCGCAAUCGAGUCAAAGUCCUGGAGGCAGAAAAGAAUCAAGCUGUUGUGGAACUAAAGAUUCUGAGAGAGGGAAGUCAGCAGGCCUUUAGCCAAACCAAUGAGGCUAACCAGAGAGUUACAGACACACUCCGAGCUCAUCAGGAUCUGCAAGAAGAGCUGUCUAAUCUUCAGCUGAACUUUAACACUACCAGUCUGGAGAAGGAGCUCACGUCCACAAAAAUUAUGAGACUGGAGGAAAAAGUUAAAGAUCUGGAUUUAAGACUAAAUAUUGCACAGUCUGACAGGGAGAGAUUUCUGCAGGAUAAGUUAGAGCUGAAUAAGCGAAAUCAAGAACUGUCUCUAGAACUGGAACGGGCUCAGAGGGGUCGGGAGGGGUUUAAUGACCAGGUCAGUGACCUCCACAUUGAGUUGGUGGGAGCUAAAUCCCAGGCCAACCGUCAGGACCAGGAGAAGGUGCAGAUGAAGGAGGAGCUGGUGAUGCUGAAACAGGUGAAUGAGAAACUGGCAACCGAGCUGGGGCAGACACAGCAUAAACUGCAGAGCACCCUUGAUGAACUGCAUCAGCUCCAGGCAGAACACAAGAUUUCUACCAACCUUACAACUGCCCUGGAGGCAGAGCGUGCCCAGCUCUUGGGUGAGAAAGAGCUGCUGAUGUCAACUGUGGAGGAACAUGGGGAAAGCCAGACCAUCCAGGAGCUCAGAUCUUCUCAAGCUCAGUUAAUUGAAGAGAGGGAUAACCUAUGCACCCGUGGCCAGAACCUGCAGGUCUCUCUGGAACAAGCGCAUGAACAACUAGGUUCCCAGAUCCAGGAGCAGCAGCAGCUCACCCUCUAUUGGAAGGAGAGAUGGCAGCAGACUGCUGUUAAUUUAAAAAGCACAGAGGAACAACUGGAACAGGCAAAGGCUCAGUACCAGAGUACAACAAAUAAGAACUCUGAGAUCCUUCAAGAUUAUGAACUGCUACAAGCAGAUGCAGAGGAGCUGGCUGAGCUCAGGAUGGCUAUCAGCAGCCUGAAGAAAGAAAACAACCUCUUAAAAGAGCAGAUAAAAGAGCAGGAACAGAACAAGCAUCUGCAGCAUCUUCAGAGCCACAUCCAGGCUAAUGUGGACAGCACAGAGGAUGUAAAUUUGAAACUUGCCGCAAUGUAUUCAGAAUUACAGCAGGCUCAUGAAAGGUUAAAACUCUUGGAAAGAGAAAAGUCAGAAAAAGAACUGGAAAUAAUAAAACUUAAGACUGAGAGUGGAUCCAUACUUCGCAUUGAGCUUGAUGCCUGCAAACAACAGCUGGAGUUGGAGAGAAGUCGUACCACCACUAUGCAGGCCAAGAUUGCAGCAAUGGAAUCCAGAAACAAGAUGGAGGUUGCAAAUAAUCAGGUCCACAGGGAUCGUGUAGACAGUUUGCAGAAUCAAAGCUGGUCUCUCCCAUCGGAAAGGCUAACAUCAGAUGAACUGAGUUCUGAGAUUGAGAAUCUUCAUCAGCAGCUGCAAGAGGAGAGAGAUGCAAAAAAGAAGAAAGAAGAACUGAUAUUUAAUCUUAAAGAAGAGCUUGACGAUCUGAAGCACAAGAAGCCUGGAGAAAUCAAGGCAUCUCUGGAAGAAAUGGACUCUGAACUAAUCUUUGUGCGAGAAGAGCUGCAGAAAGUCUGGGACAUGCUGAAGACAAAAGAUACAGAACUUGAGGAACAGUAUCAGGAACUGGAGUCUGCUCGAGGACAGUACACAGAGUGCAGCACAGAGAAGGUGAGACUGGAGCAGGUUGUGGCCUCCUUGCAGCAGCAGUUGGCUGAGAAAGAGCAGAUGAUGAAACAUUUCAAGCAAAUGAGAGAGAUGGAGAAAACUGAAAUGGAUAUUGAGAAGUCCUCACUGAAACUGAAGCUGGCAGAGCUGCAAGGACAGAAAGGAGAUGUCACACCUCAGACUGUGCAGCAAAUAGAGGGGACUGGGCCUAAAUGGUGGCGUUCAAAGGGAACAAAGGUUGUGGAGUCAUCAAAGAAAUGUAUUCGAUGUGAAGCAUUUUUGCAACAGUUGGAUGAGACAAUCAAGGGUUGCCAGGAAAGCAAUACUGAGUUACAAGAAGAAAAGAACCAAACAUUGGAAUCCCUAUACCAGUUACAGGAAGUCCUAACGAACCUCUCUAAGCAAUCAAAAGUAAAUGAACAAGUGGCCCAGAGUCUACAAGUGGACAACAACACUCUUAAAAACCAACACAGACUGGUGACAGAGCAGCUAAAAUGUCUGUUCAAAGAGAAAGAACUUCUGGGAGAAGCCUACAAUAAGCUUCCAAAGGAGGAUAAGCCAACAGAAGACUGGAAUGUUCAGUCUAGAUUAGUAAAGAAUGUGCAUAGUUCCAUAAAUAGCCAUAAAAAACAGCAAGAAGAGCUUACAGAGGAGACAGGCGAUCAUCCUGAAAAAGUCAAUGCUUUUCUGGUGGAAACUAAUAAAACAGACAUGAGAAACUUGCAGAGACAGCUUAAGGAAAAGUCUGAGCAGAUAUCAAAAAUGGCUUCAGAAAUGAAACUGUUACAAGAAAAAAAUGAGUCUUUAAUGAAAGCCAAGAUGCGUUUCCAACAACAAGUCCAGCAAAUUCGGAGCGUGUCACAUCUAGAUCCUCAAAGAGAAAUGGUAGAUCCUGCUGUACCACCUCUGUCUGGAGACACCUCUCAUCACAAAAAGGAUAAGUUUUUGGCAUCAGAGAGCCAAGAUUCUUCUAGAGGAGUGCAGGGAACACAAGCCUCUUUUCAGAGCUACUCAGAGGGGUCCUGGACUUCAUCGCCUCAAAGCUCAAGACCUCAAACCCCCAUCAGCCCAAAAGUUAUGCCACCUGCAUCUUUACUGAGACUUCAGCUCCCUGGUACAGUGGGGAAACACUGGGUAAAAUCAAAAGUGGAAUCUCCAUUAAGCCCGAGAAGCCUAGUGGACAGUGAAGGCAGCCGUGAUAACCCAGGGUCAGUUACUCCCAGGGCUUCUGCAUUGCUGUCUCCUAGACCCUUCCAUCCACCAAACUCUGCACAGGCCUUUAGAUAUGGAAAGAAUGUGCAACACACAAACAGCUAAAAAUAUAGGCCAUCAUUUGGUGCAGUGCCAAAAACUGAUCUAAGAGAGUCUGCAGCAGAUAUUAGGGUACUUAGACCAGCUCUCAUUGCAUAAAUUUAAGAUAUAGGGGAAAUGCAUUUCAAAAAGAUGGAAUAGAUACAAAUAUUUUAUAAACAGCCUUUAACAAGAGAGACAGCACGAAAGAAAGUGAGAACAUUAAAACAAGGGGAUAAAACUAGAACAAAAUUAUAUAAACAAAAAAAGGAAGUCAUAAAGUAUACCUGCCAUCAAUUAUCUGCACAAUGUCAUUUUGAUCAUUCACUUAACGUGUGUCUUAUUCUAGUUCAGGUCUGGACUGGCAAUCUGUGGGUUCUGGCAAAUGCCAGAUGGGCUGCUGUAAGAUGCCAUAGAAAGUGACUAUUUAGUGGGCUAAUAGGGAGCUGAUUGGGCCUCUCUAUACUUGGAAUGCCAGGGCCUAUUUUGACUCCCAGUCCAGACCUGUUUUUGCCACUCUGCUCAUACCUUUGACUUUGCUGCAUGCUAUUGUUUGGAUGAAGGGCACAACUAUUCAGUAGUAGUGUAGUGUUCAGGCCAUGUUUUACUGUGUGUACAAAUAUAUAAGAAACAAUAUUCCACAUAAUUUUUACAGGCCUUAGUAUAUUAGCCUACAGACUAAUUAACUGCAUGAACCUGUGUGCUUCUUAAAGGGAUCCUGUCAUCGGAAUACAUGUUUUUUUUCAAAAUACAUCAGUUAAUAGUGCUACUCCAGCAGAAUUCUGCACUUAAAUCCAUUUCUCAAAAGAGCAAACAGAUUUUUUUAUAUUCAAUUUUGAAAUCUGACAUGGGGCUAGACAUUUUGUCAAUUUCCCAGCUGCCCCCAGUCAUGUGACUUGUGCCUG